CUGACAGGGACCGAGGGGAGUUCUCCAUGCGCACACCCCUAAAAACAUACACACGCAAACUCCUGCUCUCACACAUCGUUUUACACACGGCCAGGGAUCUUACACACGAAGGACUUCGCAUGAGAGGAUAGCAAACCAGGAUCUGAACAGCCUGUAAGCUUCACAUGGCACAUGAUCUGGACUCGUAAAAGCGGACUGGAAUCAGCUGAACCCAGACGGCAGGCUCAUUUCCAAACUGAUUUACAUUGCAAAGCCACAAUCGACUAGUCCAGGACUUGCAUAACCAGCUAUGUCAAAGGAUGAGGAAAUUCCGAGCCCAGAGUGGCCGGAAAAAUUUUAGUGUAAACAUAUAUUGGACAAGCCUAGAGGACAAGUCACCAUGAGAAGGAAUCUCUAGUGAUUACAUGGAUAUAUGGUGUGGAUGGACAGCACACGCUAGCGCCUCCAAUCCUGCCUCCAUGAGGGAUUUGCCCUCCCCUCCUGUUGCCUGAGGUCAACCCAACGCCACGCCACCUUGAUAAGUCUGGCUUAGCUGGCCACUUGAGUUUCAAUGCUCCACGCUGCUCUAAGAUGAGGGUAUGGAAAGAGGUCACCCUCGCCUUCAUCCUGUUCGGUGCCUCGUUUUUCCUCCUGCUUAUGAAAACCACGUUACCUGUUGGGUGGUCCUACCCAAAGGCCUUAGGGAUUUCAUCACACCCUUCCUCACAGUCACCAGCCACAGCACUUGAACCACCACCAUCAUCCUCAUCUUCAUCCUCAUCAACCUCAGCGAGGAAACCAGUGCCGCGAAGGGCGGUCAGAGCCACCGAGGACAUGGGCUCUCUUCUCUCCGAAUUCUCGUACCUCUUCCAAAGCUUCACCGAAGGCGAGUUAAAGAAGGUGAUUGCGACCCUUGUGGAUCAGAAGGAGAGGAGGAUCAGAACCGAGACGGGACGGAGAACUAAGCGAGCACGGAAGGGCCCGAAGCCGUGCUCUCUACACGAGAUCGAGCUCACGGUGAGCGAGCUCGGGCUCGGGUAUGAAAGCGACGAGACGGUGCGUUUCAGGUACUGCAGCGGAAAGUGCAUCCAUGAACGACGCAACUAUGACUUUGUAAUGGAGCACAUGCAGUUAAAUAACGGCUCCAGCGAGAAAGGCCGGCGAGGACGGGAUAACGUAAAAAAAGACAAGGCGCGCUACGCCCCAUGUUGUCGCCCUACGAAGUUUGAGAAGAAAAUGUCUUUCUUUGACAACAAGGACCGAUUCUACACCAUUCAGAACGUCUCUGCGAGAGCGUGCGGUUGCGUAUGACAUUCCGGUAACUAUGGAAACUUCAGGGAGAAUGUCUAUACGUUAUGACAUCAACAGACAAUGUUUCAAAAAUCCAUGGUAACCACCGGAACUUUGGAACUUUGGAACUUUCUCCAUCUCACCUCAGCAUGCAGAAACCAUGGAACUAUUCGAGAACGUAGGGCAAAUUGCAAUUUCUAGAUACUGAGAGCGUCCCGCUGUGCCACAAUGGAAAGAGUGAAAGCUACAGAAAAGUGAUACACAAAACACAAAAAACAAGGCCUGAAUUUUUUUAAAGCCUUGGGAACUAUGGGAAAAAGUUUUGCUUCUGCCUUUUCAGUGGUUACUGGCACUUUCAAUUAGCACAGGGCACUGGACUUUAACCAAAGGUGGAUUGUUGGUUUAAUUCGAUGGGACCAAAGGCAGGCGGGAGACCCCUUUUGCCUUCCACUGGAAACCUAUGCAGAAGAACAAGUACAGAUAUAGUAGUAUUUAACCGAAGAUAUAUAUAUAUAUAAAUAUAUUAUUGGUAGAGGGCUACAGCGACAACUGUACGCUGCUCGUUUUUGUUACGAAUCUGAUUACUGAAGUAUGAAGUGCAACGCAGCUGUGAAAACUACCUCAUUUCUUUCUUUGGUUCUUUUUUGUUUGUUUUCUUAGAAGAAUGUACACGCAAUGAAUCUUGUUCUACCGCACCCACUUCCUGGGAUUACGUUAGUCAGAAAUAUGAAUCAGAGGUAUACGUGUAGAGAAAUGCUUCUCGAUCAAAAGUAGGAUGGAUAUUAUUUAAAACAACACUGUCACUUGAAACGUAUAUGCACACUAUAUCAAACCACUGAAUUUGACCUUAAAGCCUUGCCAAAGCAUGUCUGAUCAAAUCCAAGCUUCUCUCAUCUUUAAGACAAUUUAUACCCAGAUAUUUAUGUUUAACAUAGGAAUAGGUGAUCCAAUUCCAAGCGCCGAUAGGGAAAAGCACAGCUUUAAAAGUUUUCUCAAAGGUGUCGUCCCUCAAAGACCUUAAAAGUUAGUUUUUCUCAUGGUCACGCUCAUGUUUACAUUUUUCGAGACAAUGAUAUUCAAGAUACAUUGUCUUUUGGAAAGUAACUCCAGGUUUAGUCCUUCUCAACAGCAAGCAUGUACAUUUAUUAUCCUUAAACAUAUUUACGGACAAGUAAUUGUAACCUAAAUACUGUUAGAAAUAAAGGUUUUUCAAUGGUUCUUUGUAGCACUUUACAUUAAGCAAAGAUAUGUCCCAAUAAGAACCAUUUUCUGCUGUACAAGUUUAUCAAAAAUCCAUAAAAUUAAAAAUCUUUAGAUCAACAUAUUGGUUUUUGGGUUCUAACAUUACAUACGGUUCAAUCACAGAUCAUUUUAUCUUCAUAUCAAAAGAAAGGCAUAAACAAUAUA